AAAAAAAAAGGGGGGGAAGAAGAAGAACAGACGAAUAAUUACUUAGCAGGCAUGCGCUUUUUAUCGAGUGGUUUCUAUAUGCACAACUCAUGCUAUGGCUUCUAAUGUUUGUCAAAUAAGUAUCAUAUCGCAUACUUCAGUUGUUUCAUUACGACUUAUAGAAUUAUUAUUACUUACGCUAUACAUACGUAUACACUUGUACACGUAUGUAUGUAUAUACAUUAGUGUGUUUAUGGUGAUUUUCCGUAACCCAUUGCAAUAUUAACUGAGCCGUUAUUCAAUAUAUAACUGUUGAAUUUUACGCCAUGACAACAUGCCACCCUACGGCUUUUCAAUUGAAAUUUUUGCGAUAUGACAAUUGAGAAGAAAAACUCUCUUAAGGGCACAGAAAGAACAUUUCCUUAUAAAAAUACACGCGACCCUCAUUUUACAGGUUUCUUUCGCCGGUUGUUUUUUUUUUUUUUUUUCAUCAAUUUACUGAUAAUCGCUUCGAAUUCGCUUGAAAAGAAUAAACUUUUAUUAUAACAAAAACUUCAUAAACUUCUUCGGGCGAAACGAUACGAAACAGGCAAAAACAUGUCUAGACAGAGUGCGCUGGUCACGCUUCAUACACGUUGAUUCUGCGGGGUCUCCGACAUAUAUUCGGAAAAUCCAAUAUACUCGUUGGUCGUGAUAAAUAUCUUCUUCGGCCUCCGCAAUAUCAAACGACGAACAGAGUCAAUCGAUAAUAAACUAAUAUAAUAUUCAACACCCACGCAAUGAAAUACCAUAUAUAACAUGCACAAGAACAACAUGUCUUUAAAAGCGAUUAAAGAUACUUAAAAAAAUUAAAAAACAAAAAAAAAAAACAUUUUUUUUUAAAACAAUCAUUGCUUAAAAGAAAAAUAAAGUUUAACUUAUUAAAUAAUUGAAAUAAAGAAAGUAAUGAAAAUUGAAAUUAAAAAUGAACAGUCGUAGUUGAUUCCAUCGCAAUGAAGCUUCGAGACAUUUCAUCAUUUAAUGAUUUCUCCAAGAGAGGCGUGUUAACCAAAUGAUUAAAGUGUUUUCAUAAAAACCUCAAGGAGGGGGAGGUGAUGCAUGAAUGAUUUUCGUGUUUUUUUUUUUUUUGUACAUAAGUUUUAUAACCGAAAAUGCAUGCAAUUUGAAGCAUAAAUUAAUUCCAUACAAAAACAAAGACCCGGCAACGUUAAUAUAAACUAAAACAAACUUUGCUUACCCGCCGUAUGACUUUGAAUUUACUGAAAAGCAAAUAAAAUUUCUUAAGAUUUUAAAAUAUGGAUGCUACGAAAUUGUUAAAUUCCAACAGUUUAUCAGUUGUGAAUAAACCGAAAUCUUUGUUUGAAUUGUCGGAGGAGAUGUCAUUAUCAAUAGCGGCAGCUUCUGCACUCCCGACACCGCCAACGUCAUUUUCCACAGCACCGCCAUCACCAGCAGCGAAUACAGUCACACCUGUCACACCGAGGUCUCAUGCAACUCAUACACCGCGAGAAAUACCAACCAUGUAUAUAUUGGAUGCGAUCUAUGAUGACAAUGACAACUAUAUGACUCAACAUAAUAGCAACGAGAUUACAACACCAACGGAGGAACCAGAGUCAUUAGCCAGCACUUCGCUGGCACCAUGCCCAAUCUGUACGCGUACUUUCAAUACAUUGAUACUUAGGAAGCAUGUGGGCAUAUGCGAAAAAAUGGCUGCGAAGAAACGCAAGGUUUUCGAUUCGUCUCGUCAGAGGCGUGAGGGAACCGAAUUGGCUUCGUAUUUACCAAAGAACUUUGGCUUACCGGAAAAGCCAACCACUUCGACAACAUCUGUCGUUGCUGCUACAAAAACGGAACGAAGUCAAUCACCAUGUGUGGCUCAGGUUGCAUCACCGGUAUUACAGCGAAAAAAAGCGACCGAAGAGCAGACACGUUCGACCGCUAGGCCGGCCGCGCGUAAAGCAGUGCCAACAGCGUCGGCACCCGCUGCCGUAGCAACUGUAACGGAUGCAGCUAAUCCGGCAACAGUUGCUCCAGCACCGUCUCUUGGCACUUUAAAUCGCGGACAGCGUGUGCGUUCUUCAGAUCGUUCUUUAACGCGACGUGGUCCGCAUCCUCCGCCAGCUGAGCAAUGUCCUCACUGUGAACGUAGCUUCGGCGUCAAGGCCUACGAUCGCCACGUGGAAUGGUGCAAGGAAAAAUCUCUGCUAGCCUCCAUCAAGCAUGUUAAUUCGAAAGCUGAAGAAAGCGCGGCUAAGGCUAGAUUAGAAGCGCGCACUAAAUACCGUGCUCCUUAUUUAAGAACUAAACGUUCGAUUAAUCGUGAAAAAUAUGCGGGGCUGGCCGACGAAGAGUACAAUCUGGAAAGUCCAAAGUCAAACAAUUCACAAAAUCUUAUAAGCGAAACAAAUAAUAGCAGCCCCACUAAUAACGAGAACCUAACAUCAAAAUCCAUGUCUUCAUCGGUGGCCAGUGAAAGCGGAUUACCGGAUAACUAUGAUCCUUUCGUUUCGGCUAAACGCCAACUUGAAGAGUUACUGUCGCCCUCAGUUGCCGUAGUGCAAGGCACAUCAAUGCCCGCAUCACCGGUAUUGCCAACACUAACAUCAACACCAUGCAGCACAAAUUCUAAUACACAAACCAAAAUGACAACUUCCCUUACUCUUGGCAGCACAAACACAUUAAAUGCUAGUCAUCAUCAGUCACAACAGCAGCAUCAAAAACCGAAAACACCUGUUCUCGCGAGAUCAUUAAGUUUCCGCAGAACAUCUUCUUUGCGUGGUCCGCGGCGAUCACCCUUGCUAUCUGCGAGGCCCCCAUUGUUCGCCCAAAAGCAAAGACCCACCAUACAGCGAGGCCUCUCAGAUGAAGGUCCUAUUUCCACCAACUUUCUUAAGCCAGAAGAAUUUGAUGAGAUGCCUGUACGUUCGGUAUGCGUCAACGAUUUUGCUUUGAAUAAAAGCCCGCGUGUGGUCAGACGGGACACCACUGCUUUAAACCGUAAACAGCCUCUAAAAUUUAAUACAAAUCUUGCGAAUGGACUGAAUACCACCUCAAAUCUUUCACCCAAUCAUCAAGAUAAAGAGGAGUCUACCUCUGACGUGACUAUAAAAUAUGUAAGCAAAACCGAUUCUUUGGCUGCCUUCCUCAAGUACGAACACGAAUUGGAAAAACUAAAUAACGCAGAUGAUAAAACCAAUAAAGAUACACCUUUGAGUAGUAAAGAGUUAAAAGAGAAAAGCAACGCUUUGAGUAAACAGAACUCUGCCAAAAGUGUUAAAGCGGAGUGUUCCGAAAAGAAAGAACAUAUUGAAAAUUGUGAACUACCAAGAAUCUCAAGUGCGGUGUCAAAAAAACCACUGCCCACUGAUCAUGAGGCAACAAAAAACAAUAAAACACAAAGCAAAUAUCAGCAAGUGCGUUUAGCUCCUUUACACAAACCUAUCAAUCCCUUAAACAGAUCCCAGAUCACAUCACUAACACAAGCUUCUAUUACAUCGCCUUCACCGAUUACGAACAAACCUUUAACACCUUUAACACAUAAAAUAAAACUGCCUUUAGAGAAUCAAACAAAAACGGUGGCCUUAAGUUCUAUAUUUGGUGAUAACAAACCGAUACUUAAGUCUUUAGAUACGGGUGGAAAUUAUAUUGAUCCGAAACUUAUCAAUAGAAUUGAUAAUCUAUCCAUAAAUGUGGACAGUACACAUCACAGUAAGCCCAAAUCACAUCUAGACUCAGAUAGUUCUGAAGCACGUAAUGACACCUUUUCAUCCCCUUCUUCGUCCUCGGAAGCAUCAGCUGCUACUUCUGUUGGCAAAACACUAUCUAAAUUGAUGCCUUUGCCCAAAGCUGAUAGCAUUGCUAAUAAUGCAAAUUCUAAUCUGGUAUCCACAAGUCUUACUUCUCACAAUCAACAACGUUGCUCGGUUGAAGGUCGUAGUUUAUUGAAAAGAAGAAUGCGUUUCGGACGUAAUCAAUUUCUUUAUGAUGCUUCACCUGAGGCUGACUCCUUCUCAGCCGACGAUGAAGGUAAUCGUUCAUCGAUUGAAUACGAUGAGCAAAAUUUCUUUAAAACUGAGCAUCCAAAGGGUUCUGAACUUUCCGCAGCACAGCCGGAAAUGGGUAAUAAAUCAGUUUUGUUUCCACCGUCUUUCGAUGAUUUCGAUUUUGAGGAAUUUUUAUCCUGGUUUGAGAAUGACGAGGAACAAUUUCCGUUAUUUAAAGAUUGCCGAGAAUUUCUAAUGAAUCGUUCAUCUAAAAAACAACGUCUACCAAAUUUCAAUUUAAAUAAUACCAUUAGCACAGAUCAAUCGAAACAGAAGCAGGAAGCAUUGAUUAGCAAAAACGGGAAAGUAAUCCCUUCUCUAGCAUCCCAACAGAAUACCAAUACCUAUUUUCAGUUUCCUUUUGAUAAUCUCCAUAGUCCAUCCUUUUCCUAUCAUAAUAGACGCAAAACGGAAGAUUGCUCACCGCAAGAGGAAGAGAAUUGCGAAGAAAGUACCGAGGAAUUAAAUGCAAAGCAAUUGGAAAGCAAUCAAAAACGUGAGAUUUUUAUAAGUAUUGAAACUGAACAAAAUGAUUUAGAUCGUUCACCGAUUUCCCCAAAUUCUUUGCGUCAUAUGGUAGGAAAUUCACAAACCGUAGUGGAAGUGGAAAUGGAUGCUAAUGAUAAUAAAUUUAGUAAAAUCAGCGAUGAAGACAUUAGACACGAUUGUAAUUCAGCGUGCAGCUCCAAAACCUAUGUAGCCGACGGUCAGUUGCCCAACGUUCAAUUGAAUAACGCCAAGAAUCUUUCGCAAAAAGGCCAAGAAGAAAAGAAACAAAAGGAAGCACGCAGUGCCACUGCUAAAUCAACUAGAAGCAUAAAUAAAGUAAAUAAGGCAACAGCCACGCCCAGUGGUGAUGCUUAUGCAGAUUCCGACGAGUUAAGCAGCUUAGAUGGUUAUCCACUUUCGUCUCCCACGACUCGAAGAGUCGUCAGCUCCAAAGCGAGUGCGGAUUCAGCUUAUGGCAGUUUGUCACGUCAGAGAUCGUCAGAAUCGACAAGUCCAAAGCAUACAAUGUUCCCGCCACGAACUCCGGUAACUGUACCAACGGUUUGUAGGCCAGUUGCAGAAGAAUCCGCAAAUGUACAAAUGCCGAUAACAGCUCAUAUGAGUCUUACGGCAACUUCGGCUAUACGUACUCGUCCACUUAGUGCCUCGUCAAGUGGCAGUUCGGAGAAUGGAAACUUUAACAACAACUAUCAAAUGCAACAAAUCUACCCGACGAAUAACAAUGCCGAAACUGAGCUAAUUAAUUAUGAAGUGAACAACAAUAACAGCUAUAGCGGUCUCAAUACACCUUUGAAUGUCUCCACGCAGAUGUAUAAUUUAAAUUCAGCGAUGAGCACAAGUAUGAAAAUGUCGAAAUUCUGCCAUGAAUGUGGCAGCAAAUUCAUAGUGGAACAAGCUAAAUUCUGUAUGGAUUGUGGAGUUAAACGUAUUGUUUUGUAGAAAAAAUUAUCUCAUCCAAUAUGUCAUUCAUAUUAACAUUUAGUUAUUGUUACAUAUAUAAAAUCAUAAACAUAUUAUAUAUAGAUUGGCUUCUUUUUUCAUUUUUUGAUACCCACUUACC